AUGGCGUACCCUGAAAAUGUUGGCAUUAAAGCCAUGGAGAUUUACAUUCCCAGCCAGUGUCUCGACCAAACACUCUUUGAGCGAGCCCAGGGUGUCUCAGCUGGCAAAUACACUAUCGGCCUUGGCCUCAAGUCGAUGAACUUUUGCACCGACAGGGAAGAUACAGACGUCUGCUCCCUUGCUUUAACGGCAGUGGCCUCACUUCUUCGCAAGUACGACAUAGACCCAAAGUCCAUCGGCCGGCUCGAAGUUGGCACCGAGUCCCUAAUUGAUAAAGCGAAAUCCGUCAAGACUGUCUUGACUCAGUUGUUUGAACCUAGCGGCAACACUAGCCUUGAGGGUGCUGACACUAUCAACGCAUGCUACGGUGGAACUAAUGCCUUGUUCAAUGCUGUCAACUGGGUAGAGUCUCGUGCCUGGGAUGGUCGGGAUGCCAUCGUUGUCGCAUCGGAUAUUGCGGUUUAUGAUCAGCCUUCUUCCCGCCCGACCGGUGGCGCCGGCUGUGUCGCCAUUCUCGUUGGCCCAAAUGCGCCUCUUUCCCUGGAACCAUCUCUUCGCGGAAUAUUCAUGACGCAUGGCUAUGACUUUUAUAAACCGAAUCCAAAGUCUGAAUAUCCCUUGGUCAAUGGACACGAGUCCAUUAGGUGUUACCUCUCUGCCCUCGAUGGAUGUUAUAGAGACCUGAAGCAGCGGAGAGACAAGGCCAAGAUUCUUGCUAAUGGACAUGGUCCCAAGGACGAUGCUAAACACUUGCUUGACCUCUUUGACUACAUGGCCUUUCAUACACCAAACUGCAAGUUGGUGAGCAAAUCGUACGGCCGGUUACUUUAUAACGAUGCACUUCAUUCCAAUGACGAUAGCAUCUGGAGUUCGGUAUCGGCCGAGCUACGCAACUUGACUUAUGACGAAUCCCUGCAUAGCAAAGAGCUAGAGAAGACAUUUGUGGCCCUAAGUGAGAAGCGAUACGUUGCCCGGGUUGAGCCGUGCAUCGUCGCACCUAGCAGGUGCGGCAACAUGUAUACAGCGAGCUUGUACUGCUCUCUCAUCAGCUUGAUAAGUAACAUCGAUGUCAAGGAUACUAUUGGCAAGACGAUUGGGCUGUUCAGUUAUGGAAGUGGCAUUGCAAGCACUCUCUUCGGUAUCAAGGUUACGGGCGACCUUAGCCAGAUGGUGCAAAAGAUCGAUCUCAUGCGCAGGCUGGAUCAGCGCCACAUUGCCACACCGGAUGAGUUCGAUGCGGCUUGCGCACUAAGAGAAAAAGCCUAUGGCGCCAAAGACUUCGUCCCGGUCGGUGACAUAUCCAACUUUGCUGCUGACACAUACUAUUUGGAGGGUAUUGAUGAAAUGUUCCGAAGGACGUAUGCUAUCAAAAAAUAG